UUGCAGCUAAUGGCAAUUAUUUUGUUGCAUAUUACUACAUAUUUAAAGGUUUUAUUAUUUCAGCAUAUUGACUUAAAAACCAAUUUUUAUCCGGGCUACGAAUCCUCCUUUACAGCUAAUGGGUAUAUCUUCAUGAGACACCCUGUUUAACACGUUGACUGCCACAAGCCCGCCGGCGACCCAAGUCGUAUCAGCGCGUGUCAGGCCAUACUAUUUUUACAUCGUAUGUCGUAAAUGUUUACAUUUAUAAAAAUAGAUCUAGUUGUUGGAUUUUAAUAAAAUUGAUAUUUUUAGAAACAGUUAAUUGUAGAUAAUAUCAUGAAAAAAAGAAAAGUCUUGGGUCGCCGGCUGGCAAGUGGCCUGCUAAAAAAGUAAUAUUUCGUACAAGCCACUUGGGUCGCCCGCUGUCUCGUGCAAGAUAAUAAUAAUAUUUAUUUAUUACACAUUUGUCAAUACGUCAAUUAUCUUUUAGUAUUCACGUUGAACAAGAAGUGUGAACAUCUCGUGGUUAUCAAGUUCUGAAUUGUAUUAUUAUUUUUACUUUAUUUUACGUAAAAAUUGUUAAUAUAAUAUUAUAAUGGAUGAACGCAUGAUUAAUAAUGCAUUAGAUGAUGCUGACAUUUUUUCUAGUGACAGUUUUGACGAUAGUGAUAGUGAUCCAAUAUAUUGUGUUGAAAGUGAAAAUAAUAGUGAUUCUCAAGAGUCGUCAGAUGAUGAGAUUGGUGAUAAUCAAAUUGAGGAUCUAAUUUUAUCAACACCUAACAAUAGCCAAUCAAAUUGGAAAACUGUAACAGGUGCGAAUCAAAAAAUGUUUAACUUUAUGGGAAAUUCGGGGCCAUUAGUCAUUUUAGACGAGGAUAUGGGACCUAUGGAUUAUUUUAAAUUAUUUUGUACCGACGAAAUAAUUGAGUUAAUGGUCAUUGAAACAAAUAGAAACGCUCAACAAUUUUUAAAUACUCAACAAAUUACACGUGGUAGUAGAUUUUCAUUUUGGCAAUCAAUAAACCAAAAUGAUAUGGAAAAAUUUAUGGGACUUUUGAUGUGGAUGGGACUCGUAAAAAUGACUUCGAUAGCUGAUUAUUGGAGCAAAGCUGAACGUUAUAAAAAUGGUGUUGCACCAAAAACAAUGAGUCGGAAUAAGUUUGAACUCAUUCUUAGGUUUUGGCAUUUUGAGGACAAUGAGACUGCUGACAAAGCCGAUCGCUUAUACAAAGUAAGAAAAUUACUUAAUAUGGCAAACGAAUUAGUAAAAAAUAUACAGAAACCUGGAGAAAUAAUUGCAGUGGAUGAAUCUAUGAUACCUUUUCGAGGAAGACUGAAAUUUCGGCAGUAUAUCCCAAAUAAAACACAUAAAUAUGGCGUAAAAUUUUUCAAAGUAUGUGGGACUAAUGGUUACACGUAUAAAAUUAUUAUAUACGAAGGAAAACAAUCUAAACCCGGAGAAGCGUUGAGUGAAACAAUAGUAACUUCUUUGUGUGAAAAUUAUCUGAACGAAGGGCGUACUAUUGUCACUGAUAAUUUUUAUACGUCUGUUCCACUAGCGGAAACACUUUUAAGGCAAAACACUCAUUUGGUUGGAACUCUUAGAAAAAAUAGACGUUUUUUACCAAAAACAGUGAUAGAAAAAAAAUUGAAAAAAGGGGAAAUUGUCGGUCUGGAAAACGAUUCUGGUAUAGUAGUAUCUAAAUUUAAAGAUAAACGCGACAUUCACUUACUUUCAACGCGACAUCAAUUAAAUAUGACAAACACUGGUAAGAAAAAUAGGAAUCAUGAAGAUAUAUUUAAACCAGACAGCAUAUUAUUCUAUAAUGCUGGAAAAGCAGGCAUAGAUUUAUCGGAUCAGUUAGCGUCGUACUGCACUCCUAUGAGAAAGAGUGUUCGGUGGUAUCACAAGGUAGCAACAGAGAUAAUUUUAAAUACAUUUGUUGUAAAUUCUCAAAUUAUGUAUAAUGAACAACAUUUUCGAAACAAACUCACCAUACAUAAAUUUCGUGAAGUGCUUGUAGAUAAACUCCUUGAAUUAAAACCUACAUCUUUACGUGUUUCAAAUUCUGAACAACCUCUUGAAAAUAGAUUUCAAAGACGACAAAUAAUAAAACAUAAACUCGAGGAGACAGAAGAAAAAUGUUCAAGAAACAGAAAAAAAAGAAAAAGGUGUACUGAAUGCUAUACAAAAUUUUCGAAAGAACUAGGAUACAACUUUGAACAAGGCUAAGAAAGUAACAACCUUUUGCAGUCUUUGCCCAUCAAAACCAUCGGUUUGCAUACAAUGUUUUCAAGACCAUUUAAAAAAACAGAAUGUAUGAAUACAAUUUUGUUACUUUUUUGUAUAUAUUUUUAUUUUUAAGUAAUUUAAAGUGAAUUUUUUUUUAUCAAUUUCUCUAGGGUACCUCUUUAUUUUUUAAAAUUUUAAUUUUAACGUUUUAUACUACUAUUUACUAUGCAUUUAUAUAUUCAAAUAUUACAUUUUUUUGUAUAAAAUAUAAAUGUAUUAAAGUUGACGGAUUUUAUUGUUUUUUUUUUUUAAAAAUGAUCAAAAUCGUCUUGUCUACGCCAUGGUCCAAUCUAAAUAUUGUUCUCUCCAAGCCAUAAAGAAUUAGAUACAUUUAAUGUUGAUGUUAAAUUUGGCAGCCGGCGACCCAAGUGGCGUCACAUUAAUAAUAGGAUUUAGGUCGCCGGCGACCCAAAUAGCUUCACAAUCAAAGACAUCACUUGGGUCGCCGGCGGGCUUGUGGCAGUCAACGUGUUAAGGACAUUUUUAAUUUUUAAGUCACUAUAGAUAAGUUUAGUCUUGAUUCUAAACAUGCCUUGAAUAAUUAACUAAAAAUUAAUCUACAUUAAAUUCACACCUCUAGAACAAGUCUCCCAUAACUCAAUAUUCAUCAAUUUUAAGUUAUAUUUUUGAAUAGUAAAAAAAUAAUGCAAG